AUGGAGAUAUUUCGUAGUACAGCGCCAAGAUCUGGUUCCAUCCGUCGCAUACGUGUAAACGAGUCUCAGGAGGGUGACAUAUUCUCUCCAGAUGGAAGUUACGACCCAAAAUCAGUUGGGCAUGGAUUCGUCCUCUCCACCGCGCGAUCGGACUACUCUCAUACGCCGACAACCAAAUCCGACAUAGAAGCAGAUCAGGAAGAUUUACCGGAAUUCGGCAACAAUCUUUCCUCGUUGACCACAAAAAGUUCACCCUUCUUUACCCUCGGUACUCAGGUGACAGAUGUGAGUACACCCACUCAGGACCGAACCGGUGGUCGUAUGACUGGUCGUCUCGGGUCUUCCACAGACUUGACCUACCAGCAGUCGGAAUUAAUGGAUCGGUCUCUGAAUAACAGUACUGCAAGUAAUGCAGCACAUGGAACUAGUUUACUAGACAGUCGUUUCCCAAACGAUUCCUGUCCAAUGAAUUGGUCCACCGUGUCCGGUUUACGUGAACGCCGUGUGCGAACCUCGCGUCGUCCGGCCCGAGAUACUCUGUUAGACGAACUGAUCCCGGAUGCGCUUCGAACAACCGACCCAGUGACAUUUGACGAGACCGCUUCAAGCGGACCGGGGAGCACGACAGAUGGAAUUUUCGAUUCAGGUACCGUGGGAUUUGUGCAAGAUAUGAAAUUGGACAAUCCGGAUGAGGGUCUGGAAGAGGACGAGGAUGAGAAACGAUACUGCUGGUGUCAUAAUGUCAGCUACGGCGAUAUGAUCGCGUGUGACGCGCCCAACUGUCCCUACGAGUGGUUCCACUACGGAUGCGUUAAUCUGACCGUGGCUCCUAAGGGCAGCUGGUAUUGCCCCAGUUGUGUCAAAUCACAAUCCGGCAUAAAAGGGUUCAAGAAACGCGUAUCUCGAAAGUGA